AUGGCCUCAGCAAGUCCAUCACAGAAAAUGCAAGAAGACGCCACGUGCUCCAUCUGCCUGGAGUAUCUGACGGAGCCGGUGACCAUAGACUGUGGGCACAACUUCUGCCGAGCCUGCAUCACCCAGUACAGUGAGCACGGGGAGCCUGUAUCGGGCACCACGUUCCCCUGUCCUGAGUGCCGGAUGCCAUUUGAGAAAAGGAAAUUCCGGUCCAACAGGAAGCUGGCCAAUAUUGUAGACAACAUCAAACAACUGAGGUUAAAGCCAGGGAAAGGACAGAAGGAGAAUCUGUGUGAGCAACACCAGGAAAAACUCAAACUCUUCUGUGAGGAGGAUGGAAAAGCCAUCUGUGUGGUUUGCAGGGAGUCCCGGGACCACCGAGAUCACACUACGCUCCCCGUGGAGGAGGCUGCCCACGACUACAAGGUGAAACUCCAGGCAGCCCUGGGCCCUCUGCUGAUGGAGCUGGAGGAGGCCCUGGCACUGACAUCCGAAGAGGAGAAGAAAUCCAUAGAGUGGCAGGGCAAAGUGGAGAAUCGGAGACAGUCGAUCACACGUGAAUUUAAGAAACUGCACCAGGUUCUGAGUGAGGAAGAGCAGCUGCUCCUGCGGAGACUGGCGGCGGAGGAGAGGGAGACACUGCAGAGACUACAGGACAAUAUAACAAAGCUCUCGGAGCAGAGCACCACUCUGAUCAAUCUCAUCACAGCGCUACAGGAGAAGUGUCAGCAACCGGCCGCUGAGCUGCUGCAGGAUGUGAAAAGCACAUUGAUCAGGAGUGAGCAUGUGAAGCUCCAGCCACCACAAGUCGUUUCUCCUGCCCUGAGGAACGGGUAUAAAAUCUGCCUUGACAUGAGGGGAAUGCUGGAGAGAUUCACCGUGGACGUGACUCUGGAUCCAGACACAGCAAAUCGCUGGCUUGUCCUGUCUGAGGAUCGGAAACGUGUGAGACACGGAGACACACGCCAGGAUCUGCCCGACAACCCUGAGAGAUUUGAAACUUCUGCCUGUGUCCUGGGCGCUGGGGGGUUCACGGGCGGGUGGAGUUACUGGGAGGUGGAGGUGGGAGACAAGCCUGAAUGGGCUCUGGGGGUUUGUAGGGAAUCUGUGAGUAGGAGGGGGAAGGUCACAGCAUCACCUAAACAUGGAUACUGGACAUUGUGUCUGAGGGGUGGGGUAUACAAGGCCCUGACCUCCCCUCCAACCACCCUCCCCGUGAGCGUCAGGCCCAGCCGGGUGGGGGUUUUCCUGGACUAUGGGGCGGGCGAGGUCUCAUUUUACAAUGUGACUGACAGGUCCCAUCUCUUCACUUUCACUGACACCUUCUCCGGGACGCUCCGUCCUUGUUUCUAUCCUGGUUACAGUGCUGGGGGCACAAACGCAGCUCCCCUGAUAAUCUGCCCGGUCCCAGCUCAGGCUGGAGGGAAUUUCUGUCCUGUACAGUGA